GACUCAGCCACCAGCCCCCGAGCCCUGGGACGGUCCCGCCUGCCUCGAUAAUCUGCUCUGUUAUCUGCCUCGCCAGGAGACGACCAUGGACAAAACUCUCCUCCUGUGUCUGGCCAUUCUGACCUGCGCCGGGAUCGGAGCGGCCCUGCAAUGCCUGAAAUGUGACUUCACCGUAUUUGGCAUCCCCUGCCACACCACCACCGUCACCUGCAAGGACGACCAGCUCUGCGCUAUCAUCCGGGGCCGCGCAGCCGGCCACAAGCUGAUCAUGAAGAAGAACUGCGUUGACAAGGGGAAAUGCCACACCAACGACACCUCGUCCUUCGCGGGCAUCACCUACAGCACCUCCUACGAGUGCUGCGAGGGCGAAUUCUGCAACUCGGCCGCGGGCGCCGGGGCCCAGCUCUCCCUGGCCGCAGGGGCCCAGCUCUCCCUGGCAGCAGGGCUGGCCAUGCUGGGGGCCUGGCUCGCCCGGGGCCUCUAAUCCCUGUUCCAGAAGCUGGGAGGGAGAGAAAAUAAUUGCUGUGGGAGGACAAAAAAAAAAAAAAAAAAAAAAUCGAGCUAGCCAUUGCCUUUAAAUAGCUCCUCCCCCUUGCUUCUUAAAGGGGCACUUGGUAACCAGAGUCCAGAUCUGAUUGGUCAUCUUAAAUUGUUAUAACCAAGGGAUGGGGCGGAGGGAAAGGC